GGAUGCGAGCCAGGGAUCGGAGAAGCAGUUGAUGGGGCUUCCCUAUGCACAGCGACUGCCUGAAGUCGCACAUCUGCUGUAGAAGGUGCAAUAGGUCACAGCGUGGAGCUGAAGCUUUGAUAUAAAGGAAAGUUUUCAAAGACAGGCCUGAAAUAUGGGGAGCUGGGGUAUGCUGGCAUAUCUCUUCUUGCCUGUGUGGGCAGGGUUGAAUCCAGUGGCUCUGGGGCUUGGCCCCCAUGCAAAGGGGAAGGAUGCUUCAGCAAGACGCCUCCAGCAUCAGCUGCAACAUGGCUCUUGCACCUACAUGUUUCUACUGCCAGAGGUUGGGGGCUGUGACUCCCCUGCUGCCGAGUACCAGGUUUCCAAUUCACUCCAGAGGGAUGCAUCGUCCCUCACCGAGGCCAAGUGGCCGGUAAAGAGGCUGCAGCAGCUGGAAAACAUCAUGGAGAACAAUACUCAGUGGCUACAGAAGCUGGAAAAUUAUAUCCAGGAGAAUGUGAGAAUGGAAACAUCUGAGCACCUCAGUGCUGUGCAGAACCACACUGCAGCCAUGUUGGAAAUUGGCACCACCCUUCUGAACCAAACUGCUGAGCAGACUCGCAAGCUCACUGAUGUAGAGAUGCAGGUUCUCACCCAGAGCUCACGGCUGGAAAUCCAAGUACUGGAAAACUCCCUGUCUACCAACAAGCUUGAGAAACAACUGCUGUUGCAGAUUCAUGACAUUAGCAAACUCCAAGAGAGAAACAGCUUCCUAGAGAAGAAGGUCCUGGCUAUGGAGGGGAAACGUGAAGAAGAGCUUCAAGGCCUCAGGUCUGAGAAGCUGGAAAUUCAGAGGCUGUUUUCCAAGCAGAUGGACCUCGUUGGGCAUCUGGAACAGCGUCUGAGUACAGCCCUGGUCAACAACACAGCCCUCCAGAGACAACAGGCCUCCCUGGCAGAGACUGUGAAAAACCUGAUGGGCUUGGUGUCUCAGUGUGACCAUAUUUCUCUUGCCCACCCAGAAGAGCAGAAGACAUUCAAGGACUGUGCAGAUGCAUACAAAUCAGGGUUCUCUGCCAGUGGAGUCUACACGCUGUGGUUUCCCAACACUACAGCCACUGCAAAAGUGCUUUGCGACAUGGAGAUUAGUGGAGGUGGCUGGACUGUAAUCCAGCACCGGAAGGAUGGCUCUGUGGAUUUCCAGCGGACCUGGAAGGAGUAUAAACAGGGCUUUGGGUCUCCACCUGGAGAAUAUUGGCUUGGCAAUGAUUUCAUCCACUUGCUUACCACACAGAGUUCCUACUCCCUCCGUGUCAGACUCCAAGACUGGGAAAGCAAUGAGGCCUAUGCCUGCUAUGAACACUUCCAAGUAGGCCCAGAGGACCAUAACUACCGGCUUUACGUGAGGAGAUACAGCGGCACAGCUGGACGCACAAGUAGCCUUAGUCCCUCGGGGACCAACUUCAGCACCAAGGACAUCGACAACGACCGCUGUGCAUGCAAAUGUGCGCAGAUGGCAGGGGGAGGCUGGUGGUUUGACGCUUGUGGGCCCUCCAACUUGAAUGGGAUUUAUUAUUCACCCAGCCCUGUCAUGAACAGGUACAAUGGCAUGAAAUGGCACUACUGGAAAGGCCCUAGCCACAGUCUCAAGAUGACAACCAUGAUGAUCCGUCCUGUGGAUUUCAGGGAGGAGUAAGGGAGCUUGCCAAUGGGCUGCCUUGUGGCUGAGAUAGACAGGCUGGGUGAGGGGCGCCAGCAAGAUCAACCGAAACCCAAAAGCUCUGUGAACUGUCUUCAAACUUGUGCAAGCUCAGAGGAGGUCUAUAUGAGUGGCCUCUUGGGUGUAUCUGCUAGUAAGAAUAUCGUUGGUUCAUACUGGCAGCCACAGGAUGCAGUAGCCACAGAAUAAGUAUCAAACAUUAUCCCAGGUCUGUGUGUGUUCUAUGCAUCCCCAAUUGCACCGUGCAAACAAAGAACUCCUAUAGAUCCUGGUAUCCUGAGGUUGAAAACAUCUCAGCUUUAACAGGUGAGAGGGAGAAAAAGGAAACUUUUAGCAUUUAUGGCUUGAAAAUAUCUGCCUAGCAAACCCGCUGAGCAAGACUGACUGGGGUUAGGGAGGAACAUAUUCUGUGUUCUCUGUGGCUCCUGGUUACAUCCCCAUGAGCAGAAUACAUUUUGCAAAUAUGUCCUGAUGUCCUUAGUUUGCAUAAUUCAGUUUGGAGGAGAAUGCAUUCAGAGUUUUGUAUGCUUUUAAUAGUAAGUUUAAACCUGUCUUGCAAACUUGAGACCCCUUAUAUGGUUGACAUAUUAAUUUUUCUCUGUUAUCCCUGAAUGUUGUAAAAAAAACCAAACUUGACUCUCAUUGCCAGAUGAAAGCAGAAAUUGAAACAUCUAGCUUUAUCUUAUUCCAGGCUUCUCUCUCUUGGCAAUCAUGUGCUGGGAUGUGAGCAUUCACACAUAUUUAAUCUAACAAAGACCAGGGUUGGGGAACCUUGUUCAGCCCAAGGGCCGCAUUCCUUUUGGAGCAACCUUCCAGGGCCCACAUGCCAGUGGCUGGCAAGGGCAGAGGAAAAGUGGGUGGAGCAACAAAAGUAAAUUUGACUUUGUACAGUAGGCUACUUCUACACACAUUCACCUGCCCCUCUCUAUCUACCAUUCAGGCAAACAAGAGGCAUUAUCAGAGUUAAAGGACACAUUUUCAACCAGGCAAAAGCGCUGAAUGUGAAUGCAAUGCUAGGCUGCUGUUGGUUAUGGCUGAGAAGGGUGUGCGUCCUGGGGAAAGUCCCAAGGGCCAGGUAGAGAGGGUUGGAGGGCUGCAUUUGGUCCCCAGGCCUGAGGUUCCCUAUCCCUGAACUAGAUAGCGUUAGAUUCAAGUGGACGCUUCAGCCUAAGAAGAUCAGAAGAGCCCUGCUGGAUCAGACUGAAAGUCCAUCAAGUUCAACGUCUGGUGACCAACCAGAUGCCUCUUGGGAAGCUGGCAAGCAGGACGUGAAGGCACAAGCCGCCUUCUUUUGUUGUUCUCCAGCGCAGGAUACUCGUGGCUGUACUGCUUCUGGAUGGGGGAGAAAUUCGAUCAGUGCACAAAUUUUGCGAUGCAGUUCUCCAGCCAGACAAUGUUUGCAAAAAGGCAUGUUCCUCUAACAUGUUCCUCUGUGUGUGUAAAAACGGAUAUAUGAGUGAAUAUAACUUACAAAAAAUGCAUUAUAUUGCUUGGUAGGAGAUGUUUGCACUAAAAUGCUGAAGAAUUUUCAUGAGGAUUAAUUUUUUUAAAAUUGCAAAAAUUUGCAGAAAUGUGGAGGCAGAACUGGGUUUAAGAUUAGAAAAAUGAGAAACUGGGAGAAAUGAAAGAGGCAGAUCAUUCCGUCCCUACUUUGAAGUCAUAUAGCCAUCGUGACUAUUAGCCUCUGAUAGCCUUAUCCUCUAGGCAUUUGUCUAAUCCCGUUUUUAGCGAAUUCCAUAAAGGUAAAUUACUGUUAUGUAAAGAAGUAUUUUUUUCUUUUGUGUCUCCUGAAUCUAUAAUAAUUAUAUUUUCCAAAUGUUCAUGGUCCUGUUUGAUCUCAGAAGCUGAGCAGGCUUACCCAGUACCUGGGUGGGGAGAAUGACCUGAGAAGCCUGGGUUGAAUAGUCUUGAUUCUACUACCAAUUUUGGUGUACAGUAGGGCCCCACUCAUAUGGCAGGUUAGGUUCCAGACCGCUGCCAAAAAGCGAUCAGCUGUAGCGUGGGGAUCUGGAACCUAACCUGCUGAUCGUACCAGAGGAGGAGAAGAUCAGAUCUUCCCCUCCUCUGGCACGAUCAGCUCGAGCGGGGGAGUCUGAUUGCGCCAGAAGAGUAGAUCAGCUGUAGCACAAGACAGCUGAUCUUCCCCUCCUCCGGUGCAAUCAGCUGGAGUGCGGGGAGCUCCAGCCCCCCCUCCAGCUGAUUGCCCUGCUGGUGCUGUAUUAGCGGAACGCCGAGAAGCAGGGCCCUACUGUAUGACGCUAAGUUCUAGUUCAGUUGUGGGGAAUCAGUGACCCUUCAGAUGUUGCCAACCUACAAGGGCUGACAGGAGUUGUAGUUUGGCAACUUCUGCAGGACCAAAGGUUCUCCCACUCAAGGGCCAGGUCCACACCAUACAUUUAAAGCACAUCCAAUGCACAUUUAAGCACAUGAAUUUCCCCAAAGAAUGAUGGAAACCGUAGUUUGUUAAGGAUGCUGGGAAUGUGUAGCUCUGUGAGGGGAAAAGCACAGUUCCCAGGAUUCUUUGGGGGAAGCCAUGUACUUUACCUGUGCUUUAGGUGUGCUUUCAGUGAGUGGUGUGGACCCGCUGACUAGAGAUGGGUGAGAAAUUUGAUUCAGUUCACAUCUCAAACUGAAUUUGCACUUUCCAAAACAGCAUGAGAACCAAAACGCAGCCAUCCUUUGAAAUUUACACUUAUUUGAAUUUGGCAAUGCAGUUUGCUAACCAAACAAUGUUUACAAAAAUGCAUGUGAGAGGAAAGUGUGCAUAAAAGUGAAUAUAUGAGUGAAAAUAACAUACAAAAAUGCAACGUAUGUUGAGAAGUUACUUGCAAAAAAGUGUACAUUAAUCAACAGUGCCUACAGAGAUGGGUUUAUUAGGACAAAUUUGUACUAAAAAGCUGGAGAAUUUUAAUGGGGACUUUUUAAAAAAAAUAAAUUGCUGCAGAAAUGUUGAAAACUGAAUUUAAGAUGGAAAAAAUGAGAAACAGAGAACUUCUAUCCCUGUCCUGGUCUAAUACUAUGAAGGGUGUGUGAGAGAUUUUCUCCAUCCACUUUAUCCACACUGUGUCUACUUUUAUAAACCUCUAUUGUGUCCCCUCUUAGAACUCUCUGCCCUGCCAGCAACUAAAGAGCCCUUUUUGGGAAAGUGAUCCAGCUUAGAUCAUGAUUGUCUUUAUCAGUUCUACAAUAUCGCUUCUACAAAGGUGUGGCUGGAAUUGUGGCCACACUUCCAACUUAUAUGAAGCCACUGUGAUACUACUAGCCAUCUGACUUUUUUAUUCAACUGCAAGAAAAUUUUAAAAAAUUAAAUAUAUGUAUGAGAAAACAUAGGUAAGCUUAAAAUGUAUUAGGUAAUAAUGUUUUGGCAUCUGCUGCCUUCUGUAACUCAUUUGGAUUUAAAAACCAGACAUGGAGCCAGGCUUUUGCCACCAUCAUAAGAAAAGCCUGAACAGCUAAUUGUAAGGCAUCUUGGUUUAUAGAGCUGAACCCUUUCAGACUUGUAAAUGUUUCUAAUGGGAAAAUCAUCCAGUUCAGAGGCAUUAGGAGCAAGAGACAAGUUCUGGGUAUACAUGGUCUUCAGGUAUAUUGGCCUUCAUUUGGAGGAUAACACAUAUCUUUUGUAAACUGCUUAAGGGUAUUCUGUCGAGUAAGUGGUAUCUAAAUUUUGUUAAAUGAAAUACAAAAAUAAAACCUUUUACGUCUCUUAAAACUUCACUUGCAGUUCUGUAGCAGAGGCCAUCUUACUCUCUGUCCUCCACAUUUGUAUGACUAGCACCUUUGCUUCCACAUUUAAAAACUGUCAGCAUUGAAAGGCAGAAGCUGGUAUGUCACAGACAGUAAAUCGGGUAGCGAGCCCCCAGUUUGGGGCCUGAUCUGACCCCAAGCAAAGCUUGUUCUAAUGUUAGCAGAAGUUGUGCUGGCACAGAUACUUGUGAAAACUUAUUUGCUGGUGUGAUGCAGACUGCCAUUAAAAAUGAAUGUACACACAAUUCUGCCUCACUGUUUAUGAAUUUGGGCUGGGGGAACGUGUUAAUUACCUGCCAAGGUUCUCAGUUACCCCUAGCUAAUAGAAAACAGAGCCUUGCCUGCCUGCUGCUUUAGGUUGUCCCUGUGCCCUACCCCAUUGCAGCCAGAUCUGAGAACUAUGGCUUUGAUGUGGCUUCUAGGAAACUGCCAAUGGUCAAGUCACAAAUGCUACCAUGAAGGGCUACACCACUGAGCCUGUUUUUGCCUGGCUGAAGUGUGUCCUUGAACUCUGGUUAUGUUUCUUGCUUGCCUGGAGGGGAAAUAGAGAGAGGGGUGUGGGAGUCUGUGUAGAAACCAGCCAACUCGCUGGAUCGUCACCUUGUAGCGGUGAGUGGGCUUGCGUGUUCCACUGAACCCUGUGAGCGAUGCUGUCAGGAGUCAUGUACUCCCAGCAGGGUAACCCAUGGUGGUAAGGUCAGGGGAGAGGAACCAGACAAAGAACGAUCCAAGAAAGUCCUCAGCGGCAGAACAGGCGGAAGAUAACAAUGUGUAUGUUACAACGGCUGUGAAGGCAGAUGAAGGCUGCAGCAGAUAAAGGACUUCCAAUCGUCGUGGUAUUCACGCCAUUGGAUCAAAGCCUUUUUCUGUCAAGAUUGUGUGUUGAUCGUGGUGCGCCGAUCUCCCCACAUAAAACAAA